AUGAUGAAAUCAAUGAAAUUCUCGAAGAAUACCAAUUACCCAUACUUGGUAAACCAAGUUCACUCGUCACACAACCUGAUAUUCUUAUAGUAGAAAUAUCAAAGCUAGAACGUGAAUACUUAGAUAAUAAUGAGGAAAUCAGUACGUAUCGAUCCACGAAAAUUUAUAGGGAUAAGGCCCAAGCAAUGUUUCAAGUUGGUCAUUGUCGUCUGGAUAAAAUGAAUAUGACAAUCAAUAAAACCAUUAAUGAAGCAGAAGAUAACCAUAAAAGGUCAAUAAGCAUAGAACCCUCUGAUAUAGAGAUCGAACCCGAAGAACUUAUAGAGGAUAAAUCCAUAAUUUGUAAUAUAGUAAAACAAGAUAAUAAUAGUAAAGAAAUUGAUAAACUAAAUAUUUAUCCUGUUCAACAAAAUUAUCCCCCAAAAUCGUUUACUCUGUAUAACUUGGAUUCUGAUAAAACAACAUUAGUGCAUAAACCAAAGAAUCAUGAAGUGAUCUUAGAUCUUAAUAAUUCUACAAAAGUACUUGAUAAACCCUCAAAGUCAAUUGAAGAGCCCUUGGAAUCGAAUAACUCUAAGCUUGAUAAGAUUGAAAAGUUUAGUAUUCGAUCUGAUGAAAACAUAAAACAAGACAGUACGAAUGAUAGUAACUGUUUCCACUAUCAAAAUAAUGUUUCAAAGACCUGUAAAAAUGAGCAUAAAAAUACCCUUAACCAAGAAACAAAUCAUAAGAAGGAUCUUGACAACUUACGAUCUAGUAAAUCCAUACAGUAUAUCUCAAAUGAGUGUUAUAAUUCAGAAGAUUGUGACACAACUAAUAUUAAAGAAUUAGUAACGUGUAAGUUUACCCAGAGCAAAGAAAAGUUUGAUCAGACAAAUAAUAUUGAACUUAUAACUAGCGAUCAAGAAUACUUGAGUACUUCAAGCGACAGAAUCCUAAAUAGCCCUAUAAGAUUACCAAAUAGUUGGG